AUGCUCCACGUUGUCUUUCAUGGCAACGGCUUGUUCUUCACCGACGCCAUCGCGCUCAACGUUGCCUCGCUUACGGCGGCAGCGACGACGACCAUCUGGGCCGUGUAUGACUUUGGCAGACCCAAGUUCAAGGAUGGCGAGGGUCGAGUUGACGAGGCUGACACGUUGGUUCAGCCUCGCCUGGGCGCACCCCCCGCCACGUCGGAGAAGACCCACUGGAGGGACCUGCCUGGUACUCCCAUCUUCACGCAAGCUACCGCUGGGUUGCCAGAGAGAGUCUUCGCCUUCUUGCGGUCAAGUCUUGACCGGCCCUCGGCGAACUUUGACAAGGCUCCUUGGGCUAGGCAGCUGCUUGAGACGACGGUGCAGCUGUGGCAGGACAAGCAGAUCCAGGUCAACAUGUGCUCCCGCUCGGCGUUUAUUGAGGGCGGGUUCGAAGAUGCUGUGUCCAUUGGCAAGCAGGUUGGUGAAAUCCACUACAUCGAUGUCGCCGGCCUUGGGGAGAUGGACUUGGGCAAUGAGGCGUGGGAGUUGUUGGCUGCUCAAAUCAUCGCCGAGGCUACCCUGCAUCACAUUGCUCGCGCCUCCCUUGGCCUGACUGCCGACCAGGCCAUCCAGGCUGAGCAUAUCCUGUUUGGCACCGAGUCCUUGUCCAAACGAAUCGAGCUUCAGCUUGCUGGCGAUGAUUACACUAGUCUCCUCAUCGUCAAGGAGACGACCCAGCGCAUGCUGAUGAAGCACCUCUGCUUUGGCGUCGAGAUCGACUCUGAGUGGGAGCUCCUGCCACCUGCUGUUCGUGCUUCCAUGUUCCAGCGCAUGAUGGGCGCGGAGCUCUCACCUUCCAACGGUAUUUUGGAGUGGCUCAAUGAGAGGGGUCUCGACAUCUCCUCGGUCAACUUCCAAGUCGAGCUCUGCAACCUCAUCUUGAGCAAGACUGAAGAGGUCUUGGGUACUCGCACUCCACCCAACUAUGGCAAUGACAUCCUCGCCGGCCCUGGCUCAGGCAAGACCAGACAGUCUACUCCCUUCUUUGCCCGCAUCAUCAAUCUCCCCGUCACGCUGGCAAAAUGGGUUGGUAUCAUCUCCGGAGGCGGUUCCCACCUUGAGCGAGAACUCUGGUACAACCUGCGGCACUACCCCUGGAUGCGCACACCUCUGAUGUACCUUAUCACGCUCAUCUGGAGAGGAUGCCGCUGGGUCAAGAACGCCAUCACAUCUCUGCUGCUCAUCUACCGCCAUGCCGCCCUGGUCAACAUCUCCCGCCUCGCCAAAAAGGGUGUCUCCAGAACCCUGGUCAAGGACCGCAUCACCGCCGAGCUUCGCCGCAAGGUCGUGACUGGUUUUGCGUCCCGACCCGGUGAGAACUCGAUGACGUUGGAGGUGUUUGAAGGCGCGCUCAAGACCAAGCCGGGAGAGGAGCACAAGCCGCUUGCCACUGCCAUCUACGACAACGCCUCUCGUCUCAUCACCCGGCGCGAUAUCUCCAAGAGUGGUGACACUGUCACCACCUACACGUAUGGCGACAGCACCAAGUCGCGGUACCCCAGCUGCAAGGUCGUUUCCGACCAGAAGCACACCAAGCAGUGCUUCUACGACAAGAAGGGACGCGUCACCCACGGCACCAUGGCCUACGACGGGAUCGAGUACUCGUUCCAGUACUUUUACAAGUCCAGCCCCAAAGGCAACCACGAAAUCCUCAAAGCCGAGUUCAAGCCAGCCACCGCCAACCACCACCACCACCACCACAACAACAACAACAACAACAACAACUCGUCUUCCGACAGCAUGGCCGUCUUUUGGGGCACGCCCCUCCGCGAAGACCUCUCCUCGGAGAAGCUGAAUUGGGUCCCUUCGGACCGCGUCUGCCGCGUCGUCAGGACCAUCGCCGGGAAGAAGUACGUCACCACAAGCGACUACCAACACCGUCGCGACCCCGUCAUGAUGACGGUGCUGCUCUCGGAACAAGGGGACAACACCAAAGCAGCAGCAGCAGCAGCCGUCGCCAAGCCCCCCGUCGUCUUCCAGCACGAGGAGCUCUUCCUCCAACGACCCAACGACCACUACUUUGAGAACGACGACCUGCUGAUCCACCACCGGGUCGACCACGUCCGGCGGAUGGCGCGCUUCUGCGGGCACAGCAUGUCGUGGAUCUCGGUCCUGAACCCGGCCGCGUGGCUGUACAGACGGCAAAAGACCAUCUACCGGCCCGUGCCGACGUGGUGGUUGAGAACCGAGCUCUGGGACCACUGGCGCAAGGGCGGCGGGGUUCUGGACGCGAUCGCGGCCUGCUGGAUGGACGAGCUCAUCCUCCGGGAGGAGCCCCUGCUCAAGAAGUACUGGAGCGCGAGAAACGCUGGUCAGCUCGACAAGGCAAAGGCUGCGCUGGACGGGGCAAUUGAGCAGAUUGUCAGCGCGAUCGAGAUUGAGAAGGACGUCUCGGAGGUUUGUCUGCUGCCGAUCAAGUACUCGGAUUUGUAUGCUAUGGGGUUGGGGAGGGAUGCGAACCAGCUUACGAUGAGGCCGGGCGAUUGCUUUAGGGAUACGCACGAGAGGAUAUCGGUUAUUUUUAAUGACAUUGGGUGCUGGCCGGAUUCCCCCGGGGGGGUGAGCAAUUGCAGGAGGGAUUUGGUGAAUGGGCACAGCACGAUCCGGAAUCAUGUGUUGGCCGAGUCGGCGAAUGAGUAUGGAAUCCCGAGGUUUCAGGUGGAGAAGAGCGUGCAGAGCUUGAAGAUGUUGCCUCUGUGGGGGUUGGACGGGAGGACGCCGAAUCAUGGGGUUAUUGACAAUCUGCUUGAGUCGGAGGUGGAUGCCAAGAUUGCUGUGACGGAUACCUAUCGGGACAUUGCCGGCACGUUUGUCCCUUUGAUCAAACUUUUUGUCAAGGGGGCGAGGUCGAGGCAUAUUCCCAAGCAGGAUAUGAUCCACUACAGCAACGCCAUGCUGGGCAUCUUUGAGUUCUUUGAGCACAAGGACUACAACAAGGCGUGGAAGUCAAGGGAGGUGGCGUCUGCGUGGGUGGAGGCUUGGUUGACAGAGUACGACGACGACAACAUUGUUGAUCCGAGCUCCUACUUUGAAGUUGAGAAGCCGUCCAUGACCGACUUUCGCGCGACUCUCGAGAUCUUCUGCUCGUACUUUUUCAUCUUUUCGGUCCAGACCCCCGAGGACUGCCCCAAGGUCUUCCAGUCGACACAUCACGGCAUCAGCAGCCUGUUCGGCAUGCUGCUCAAGUACAAGCGGGGGGCCACCUUUGGCAUCUGGGACCACGCCAUCCUCUGGAGAGAGUGCUGCCUCAACAUCUCCCCCGCUCAGUCCACCCUCCCGCUUCCCGUCCAGUCCAUGCUCCUGUCCGGCAUCGGCCUCGCCAUGAAGCUGGCCUACUUCCACGCCGACGUCGUCCUGCCGUGCACGCCCGUCUUCAACCCCAUCUGGGAGCAAGACCUCGGCACCGAUGGCAACCGGCUCUCGCACAAAAAGACGUUUGCCCGCAAGAUCGACCCCAUCGUCAACGGCGUCAGCAACAUGGACGCCUUCAAGCCGGUCGAGCAGGUCGGCACCGACACCCCCACCGUGGUGAUGCUGUCAAACGUCCAGUUCAUCAAGGACAUCAAGACGGCCAUCCUGGCCGCCGACGUCAUCGUCAACAAGUACGGGUUUGCCGAGUACAAGCUUUUGGUCUACGGGGCGAGAGACAGGGAGCCGGGGUACGACAUUGACAUGUGCCGGCUGAUCGAGUCGUGCGGCCUGACGAACCACGUCACCCUCAAGGGGUUCGGCAAGCCGGACCAGGCGCUGAAGGACGCGUGGCUGUUUAUGAACUCGUCGCUUUCGGAGGGGCUGCCGCUUGCCAUCGCCGAGGCUGCCCUGGCGGGUGUCCCCAUUGUGGCGACGGCUGUCGGCGCGACUGCUUUGGUGCUCACCAACCCGGAUGACCCGUCCGUGAGGUACGGCGAGGUUGUCCCGCCUAAUGAUCCGACCGCUUUGGCCAGGGCGCAGAUUGCCAUGUUGGCCAUGUCUGGUCCCUGGGCCAAGUUCGCGGGUGAUGUUGACAAGCGGGGCUCGGUGCCGCCUCAUUUGCUCAUGCCGGAUACCUUGACGGCUACGGAUGUCAAGUGGCUUACCAAGCGGAUGUAUGACAAGGCCGAGGACCGGAGGAAGCUGGGGUUGCUCGGGAGGCAGAUGGUGCUUAGGGGGUUUCAUGGGAAGAGGUACCUUAGGGAGCAUGAGCAGAUGUAUUGGAUUCAGUGGCAUUUGGCCGGGAUGAGGAAGGACAAGGCGCUGUUUGACGCCAGGAGGGUUGGGUGGAAGGGGGAGUUGUGGUUGAAGAAGGGGGAGAAGAAGGAUAGUUUGAAAGCGAAUAACCAGGGGGGCCUGCAGAGGAAGAAGAGUGCGAGGUGGCAGGAGUUUACCAGUGGGAGGACGCCGUAUAGGGGGAAAAGAUUGAGCAAGGCACCCAGUAAGCAGCGGGAGGAAAAGGUGGUGGUGACUAGGGUGCAGGAGGUGGUGUAA